ACCUUUGGAAGCUUGUCACAGGUCGGCUCAGGUCCUGCCUUCCUCCCGCCCCUCCCCUCCCCAAAGUCCCUUCACCUAGGCGCUGACAAACAUCUGGAUUGGCCUGGGCCCAGGAGCGGUUGGCUUCCAUCAGUAGUGCGCCUUUGGGCCUUCUGCCCUGACCUGCCCCACUGAUCCUUAAUACACAGUGGUUUUUGUAUGAGAACAAGACAUUCCUAGGAAGAUGGUGGCAGAGAAAGAGACCCUAAGCUUAAGCAAAUGCCCAGACAAGAUGCCGAAGAGGACCAAGCUGCUGGCGCAGCAGCCGCUCCAGGUGCACCCGCCGCACUCACUGGUGUCCGAGGGAUUCACUGUCAAAGCCAUGAUGAAAAACUCGGUCGUGAGAGGCCCCCCCACCGCAGGAGCUUUCAAAGAAAGACCCACGAAGCCCACGGCAUUUCGGAAAUUUUAUGAGCGCGGCGACUUCCCCAUUGCUCUUGAGCACGACUCGAAAGGAAACAAAAUUGCGUGGAAGGUGGAAAUCGAGAAGCUGGAUUACCAUCACUACUUGCCUCUGUUUUUUGACGGGCUUUGUGAAAUGACAUUUCCCUACGAGUUUUUUGCUCGUCAAGGAAUCCAUGACAUGCUGGAGCAUGGGGGCAACAAGAUCCUCCCCGUCAUCCCGCAGCUCAUCAUCCCGAUCAAAAAUGCUCUGAACCUCCGAAACCGACAGGUCAUCUGUGUCACGCUCAAGGUCCUCCAGCAUCUGGUUGUGUCCGCCGAGAUGGUGGGAGAAGCGCUGGUGCCGUAUUACCGCCAGAUCCUGCCCAUCCUGAACAUCUUCAAGAACAUGAACGUAAACUCCGGGGACGGCAUUGACUACAGCCAGCAGAAGAGGGAGAACAUCGGGGACCUGAUCCAGGAGACGCUGGAGGCCUUCGAGCGCUAUGGAGGAGAAGAUGCCUUCAUCAAUAUCAAGUACAUGGUCCCCACCUAUGAGUCAUGCUUGCUAAACUAGUGGUGAGGAAGCUGGCCUUUGAGGAAGGCAUCCACUGGAGGCCUGGGAUGAGUCUCUGCUGCUUUGGGCAUCUCAGUAUUUAUGACUUCUACAGCUUUUUUUCCUACAGCUGCUAAGAUAGUAGUUUCUGGACCAUUGGACUAUUAGCCCUAUUGAGAGCAAGGCUUUCCGAUACAUAAAUAGUGCCUGUUUCUUAGAUUACAAUAGUGUACUGUGCUUAUUUGUUCCAAGAGAAGAAUUGCUUCUUUAUGCAGCUCGGACAGAAGCCGGAGUCUGAGUUCAACCUUGGCUUGUAUAGACAAUAAAACUUUAAUUUUCAUACGCAA